AAGGUGUGAACCGGACUGCAGGGACACACAGAGCACACACACACACCAGAGAGCUUCCACAGACACAGGUUCUUCCACAGAGCAAACCCAGCACACUGAAGCACAAUGCUGCACUGGAGAGGCCAGAAGGAGCCCAGGGGGGAGUGUAACCGGGCAGUGCUGGUGUCCGUGGCGGAGUUCCACCCCGGGGUGGAGCUCAGGAACAGGCCUGGAGCCGAGAAGGACGCCAAGAAACUCCACCGCACCCUCAGCAAACUGGGCUUCAAGGUGGACAUCCACAGCGACCUCAACGGGGACGAGAUCGAGCAGCUGUUCCUGAAAGAGAGCCGGCGGCCUGUGAAGGAUUGUUUCCUCGCCGUCCUGUCGUCUCACGGCGAGGAGGGCUGCGUGUUCGGGGCCGACGGGAACGCGGUCCUACUGUCCCGUAUCUUCAGAUACUUUGACAACGAAGUAAUGGAGAAUAAGGCCAAACUGUUCCUGGUACAGGCCUGUCGGGGGGGCAAUCUGGAUGAGGGUGUGGAGGUGGAUUCGGUUGCCGACAGCAGAGAGUGCAGCUUUACCCAGCAUCCCUUUGUUCCCAUAGACACAGCUGUAAUGUACGCCACAGCUCCAGGAUACGGAGCCUUCAUGCACCCCCUCGGAUCCGUCUUCCUGCAGACCUUCUGUAAGUUACUGGAGGAGGAGGGCAACAGAAACCUGGAGCUGACCCGUCUGAUGACCCGGCUCUCCCACAGCGUGGCCUACACCUUCCAGGCCAAAGGUCGCGAGCUCGGCGGGAUGAAGGAGAUGCCGUGCCUCCUGACGAGGCUGACCAGAGAGGUGUUCCCGUUCGCUCAGCCGGGGAAGGAUGGCGGGGCCGCGGCGCUCUCGGCUACGUCACUGGUCCACGCCGAUAACGUGAGAAAGCGGACGCCGUCCAUCAGUUAGACUGAAAGACAAUAAUUAUCAGCAGGAAUGCAGACGGAUGAGAGCUGAUAACAGACAGACAGACAGACAGACAGACAGAUGAUGACUUCCUGAAGAUGACAUAAAGAGAAUAUCUGCUGGAAGAUUCUGUUUAUAUUAUUUAUACUGUACAUAAUAAAGCUAUAUUUAAUGUAUUGUAAUGAUGUUUAUGUUUGUAAAUCAACAAUAAAGAAUUAAAAACA